UAUGCAAUUUUACAGGCUAUUUCAAGGUUUAUGUAUUCAAAUGAGAUAUUAAUAUAAAUAUUUGGGUGACAUUGGAUUAAUAGCACAUUACAAGUUUUCAGUUUAAGGUAUUACAUGUGGAAAGUCACGUAAGAAUUGAGGUGUAUUGAUAUGAAGAUGGAAGGAGUUAGAGACAGACCCUGACACUGGUGCCAGUGAUGGGGGCUGAGGAGAGUAAGGUUGGUGCCCCUUGUUACGGGCUGAUGGGCCCUUCAUCUGUUGUUAGCAACAUGAACAGACAGGCCCAGUUAGCCAGAGCCUGGGCACUACUACACCAGUGUUCAUUAGAGCAAUGGAAACUUGGUCAUGGAGAGGCAGCUGGAUUCAGUGAAACAGUGAUGUGCUGUAACAAUGUUGUGUUCAAAGACUGUAGCCCAGCAUUCUGUACAAGUAGGCAAAGCAUCAUUAACAUACCCAAGCCUUCUAGAAUAUUCCGUUUUCGGCGGCGGCGAAAAUUCACAAAAAUGGCUGAGCAUUUCGAGUACAAGGUUGUUCCAGCUCAGAUGUCAUGUAUUCAGAACUUUCAAGUGAAAAGUGUUUUAUGUUUCCAAGGAAACACCGUGAUUCUUCAUUUAAUUCGCAAUAUGACCACCCAGUUUGGAAUAGUUGAUCUGUCUCAAGACAAGUUUCUCGGUGUGUUCGGAAACCAGUUUGCCAGUUUUAACAAUGAAGUUCUGCGGGGCAAGAUAAGUCCUGAUUGUUCUGUUUGCCUUAUCAAAGUUCCCCAGCUACAAGCUGGAGCCACCAAUGUGUUUAUCUUACGGUUAUAUGAUCUCAAGAGCAAGACAAUGCUUAGUGAGUAUACACUGCCAUAUCUCGAUACAGCGUUUGCCUUUGACCCAAGGUUCAAUUGGACCCGGCUUGCGGCGACUAGCUUCCAACAGGGAAGUGAUAAUAGCCUUAGUAUUGUACGAGUUAAAACCUGGGAGGUAAUAGCCUCAAACCCCAGACUUGAUGAUAUGAGACCUAGUCAAAAUCCUGAAUUAAAGGACAUUCUGUACUCAAAGGAUGGGUUUCUCAUCUUUGCAGUAAUGGUUACAGGUGGGUGUCAUUGUCGUGAACGUAAGUCAAGGAGGACAAAUCCGAUAGACGUGAGUAUUUAUGUGUUCAACGCUGAUACCACGGAUACAAUACACUGUAUUCAGUAUCAUCGGUACACUUGCAGUCUUCAUCUGUGUCCAGUCAACUACAUGCCAACAUUCUCACACUGUGGAAGUCGUAUGGCGAUUGUUUUAAAUGAUAUGGAAGAUACAUUGGAUCAUGUACAGAUUUAUAAACUGCCAAACACGAUGAGUUUGCAGAGCAGAUGUCGAGUUCGAAUCCUGCAACAGUUUCCGCCAGAAAUGCUCCAUCAGCUUCCACUUCCCAACAGGAUGAUACAGUUCCUGAAGUUCCACCCUGAAUAUGAAUAGCCCAGUUCAUAAUUUAAAGAAUGAAUAGUAGAUGGUACUUGUAUUUAGCCAGUAAGGCUAGCUUGAUGGGAAGAGCCUCCGAUUGUCAAAACAUUGUAUCCAUUGGGCAAGGCUUGCUCCUCCUUAAGUUGACUGAAGACAUUUACAUCAAGUCAAUUAUUUUCCACCUAUGUGGAGGAUUUGUUAGUUAUAGAUGCUCAACUGGUGCUGGUAUGAAAUCCAUGCUGUUAAGUGGACAAAAUUAUUUUUCCAAACUGAAUAUGUUUUUGAAUUAUAUUGUUAAUGAGCUUUUACUUGUCAGACUAAACAAACAAGAUGACCCAGUUUUUUCACUGCUGUUUGCAUUAAAUGAUAAUGCAUCCUUUGUUAUGUUUUUAUUACUGUUAAUGAAUUUUAGUACAGUCAACCUAUAUAAGCAGCCAGCCAAGGGUGUGACACAGCCUAGCUGUUUAAGGCAGGUUGCUUCCUAAGAUAAUUUGAAAAUAGAUGGGAAGAUAGUUGACUGGCUGCCAAAGGCAAGUGGCUGCUUGAUACAGAUGUCAGCUUAGACACGCUCAGCUCUAUGAUGUUGUAUUUGAAACACACUUGGAAUUCCUAUGUUAUAAAAUGAUAAACUUCAUUGUUGUAAAAUGCAUAUACAUUAAUAGGCAAUAUUUGAAUACUGUAUGAUAUUAUCCGAAAAGAAAUUAUAAUGAAGCGAACGCAUUUAUUUUCAAGGUUUGUGAGAAAAGAUAGUAUUGGCAUUUAAGGGUUUAUGUUACAAAAAUUAGAUAAUAUCAUUUUUAGCUCAUCUGAUUUUUCAACUUUUCUCAUAAACUAUCAAAGCUGUUGCUUUAAAACUUGCAACAGUUUUUCACCAUCAUAAGUGGACACUGUACAUCAAGAAACAUAACUCUAUCCUGCUUUUUGCAAGAAUGAUGGCCCUUUUUAGACUUAGAAAAUCAUGGGUAGGACGAUAUUUCUAUUACACAAAAAAAAUCAGAUGAGCGUCAGCACCCGCAAGGCGGUGCUCUUGUUUUUAUUUAGCUUUAACUUUAUAGUUAAAGUAAAUAGUUACAGUCAAAUUACAUGCAUCAUAAAAAUGGCUGGAUCUAUCAAAAUUACUUCUUUGUUAUUUUCUUGUUAAGGAUAUUCAACAUAUAUAUUUUGCAUCCCUUUAGAAAAAAGAGAGGGUGUAUUGUUUUGCUGUGUUGAUUUGUCUUUCCAUUGGUAGCCUAUUUGGUUUCCAAUCAGUAACUAGUGAAUGCUUGACCUCUAAUUGAUCAGACUUCACAGGAUGAUUGUCUGUGGUCAGUAGAUGACCACUUUAGUUUUUGGGGUUGGUAGGUUAUAGAUCAAGUUAACAGUGACCUUUAGACCUAAAAUAGUGUCUGCUCAUUAACUAAAGAACAGUUUGGUCUGCAGUCCUAGUGUGGGUAAGUAGGUUAAAUGUCAAGGUCACGGUGGCCUUGAGACUGAAAACAGUUUCUGCUCAAUAACAGCAGAAAACUCUUGUCUAUAGUUUUCAAAGUUCAUAGAAUGGUUGCCUAUGUUCAGUAAAUGAAUUCUAAUGUUCAGGGAGGGUCAGUAGGUCAAAGGUCAAGGAAACAGUGACCUUGAAAUUGAGAAUGGUUUCUGCUCACUUACUAAAGAAGACUGUGGCCUACAGUACUUAAACUUCAUAGGAUGAUUUCCUGUGGUCGGUAGAUUAUCCAUUUUACUUAGGGGUUGGUAGGUCAAAGGUGAAGGUCACAGUGAACAUGGGACUGAAAAACAGGGUCUGCACAACAAUUAAAAAAUGCUUCGGCCUAUAUUCAUCCAACUACUAUAGGGUGAUUGCUUGUUGUCAGUAGAUUACUACUACUGUUUUCUGGAUCAGUAGGUCAGAAAUCAAGGUUGAAGGGACCUUUAGAAAGAUAACAGUUUCUGCUCAAUAUUCGAAGAACUCUUUACCUGUCAGUCUUCAUAGGAUGGUUGCCUGUAGACCUUUGACAAUCCAUCAUUAGUGGCAUAUUUGUUUUACAAAUAUCUUGUUUUUACAUUUUUUUGCAAAAGCCUUGGCUGAAUUUUCAAAUUUUUGUUUGCCUUACCAAAAUUGUUUCCAAAACAAAAUUUGAUUAUUUUAUGUAUAAGGAUCAUUAAUUGUAUAUAGUCCAUAAAAGUUAACAUUCUUUUUAAUAUUUGUGUCUACCAGUAAUAAAUCUAGUCCUAUACAUUGUUUGAAAACAGAAAAAUAUUAGUAGGAAAUGUGAUACUUAUGAGUUUGAAUUUCAUGUCUGCUCCAUAGUUUAUGCUACUGACAAGUCUGUAGUUCAACAAAAAUUUGCUAGACUAAAGUAACUGACAGAAAAAAUUAUUUCUUAAGUCUUAUAAUAGCACACUUAUUGAAAGAUGCCAGUCAGUACUAAAACUACUUGCAGAUGACAAAAGUUUUGACAGUUCAGAGACAAGCGUACUGUUACAUAUUUUAUAUACUGAAUGGUGUACACCAGUAUGCUAACACAGUUGGGUGGUUUUAAUUAAUGUGACAGUCUCUUGUUAAAGGGUACCAUGAUAUAUGAUAUUGCUGACAGGACAGUAGAAGAUGAUGUGGGUAUAAUUUAGGAAAUAUUGAGGUAAUCAUAUAAAUUAGUGAUAAUUAACCCUUAUCCUGCUUAAUUUCUAUAACGAACUUGUCCAUCUUUCAAUUUGGACAUUACCAUUAACUGUUAAAAGGGGUGCUUUACAAAAAUAUACUGACUGAAUGGUGAACAGUGCAGAUCAUGAUCAGACUGCAUGGAUUUGCAGGCUGAUCAUGAUCUACACUGGUCACAAAGGCAGAAUCAAUUGUGUCCAGGGUGAUAAGGGUUAAGCCUUGUUUUACUGCAUCAUUAAAUUAAAUUUUGCUAUUGAUCAAUCAAAAGACAUAUAUCAAAACAAACCAUGUAAGCUUCUUUAUUCUCAAAUAUUGUAUGAUAGUUUUGCAAGUUUCCAAUAAAGCAGUACAGUUGAUUACUUAUUACUGUAUAUUCCGUAUAAGAAAGUCUACGAUAUAGUCUGACAAGAGCUAUGUAGUUUUAGUAUUUACCAUUCUUUAGAAAUUGAAAUUAUACUAGAUUUCUGUAAAUAUUCCAAGUAAUUAACACUCACUGUAAUAACUUCCCAUCUUGGAUUUUAAUGGAAAAAACGGAUGUGAAAUUAUUUUUUUUCUAAAGUCAGCCAGCUAUAUUCAUAAUAUUGUGACCCUUUUUCAUAUACCAGCCUAUGAUUUGAAGUUAAACCUACUUGUUCUGUAGACAACAAUUUGUUAGAUGAAUUUGAAUAAACUGUUGUUUUUUUCCUGUCUUACUCCACAUAACUGACACAGAAUGUCAAUACCUCUCCCUCUACAGUUGUUCUUUUAGAUGGUUUUCAUGUUCCCCAGUUACUCCAGUUUUGAUAUAAAUACUAGCUGAUCAUUUGUAAAGGUGGCAAAAUCUGUGCCUCUGAUAAUUGCUUACCACAAUCUUGACUAAUAAAGGCUAAGGCAGUUAUUGUAAUUUUUAUGGUGUAUAGCCAAUGUUUUAAUAGGUGAUAAAAAUAUGAGAUUUUAAUAUGUUUGAAAUUAUGAAAUGGAGGGGUCAUAUGUUUUCAUCAUAAAAACUAUGUACAUUUUAAUAGACAUGGAUAUCAACAUUCUAUUCUGAAGUUAGCUAAAGCGUAGUAACAUCUUUUCCAUAAACCAGUUUAUAAUGUUAAGCCCACUCGCUUAGCUCAUUAGGGAGAGUGCAGAUCUAUGGAUGGCUGGGUCGUGAGUUCGAUCCCCAGGUGGGGCGUAUGUUCUCCCUGACCAUUUGAUAAAAGACAUUGUGUCUGAUAUCAUUCAUCCUCCACCUCUGAUUCAUGUGGGGAAGUUGGCAGUUACUUGCAGAGAACAGGUUUGUGCCGGUACAGAAUCCAGGAACCCUGGUUAUGUUUUUAAAUGCCCACCAUAACUGAAAUACUGUUGAAAAAUGGCAUUAAACCCAGAACAAACAAACAAACAAACAAUGUGUGAUUUAUCACAGUAUUAUUCCUACAAUGAAUAAUAUUUGAUCAGAUUUGAUUUGCUAAAUGAAUGAGCUCAGAUUGGGGAUUUCCUGCAGCAUCUGUACCAGUAAUGUUGAGGUUGUGCUCCACUAUUUUUGAGGAGAUAUGGUUUAUAAAUUGUUAAAUAUUUUGCAUUGUUAAGAAUGUUAUAGCACAUAUUGUAUCUUAGAUGUCAUACAUGUAGCUGGCUACAUACAUUAGUUGUUUUCUAGUCAUACCGUCUGUUAUAACAGUGGUAAGUUGUUGUUGUAAACAUGUUUAUAUAUUUGUUAUUGUUGUUGUAACUACAUAAUUCACUUAACUACUAGAUGUAAUAUAUAUUUUCAGUUGUACCUUGCUUAAAGCUGAAGUGAUUUUUAGCUCAACUAUUCGAAGAAUAAGUAGAGCUAUCCUACUCACCACGGCGUCGGCGUCACACCUUGGGUUAAGUUUUUUCGUACCAGUCCACAUUUUGACAAAGUCUUUUGAGAUAAAGCUUUGAAACUUUCAACACUUGUUUACCAUCAUCAUGGCCAGUUAUAGGCAAGAGCACAUAACUCCAUCAAGGAUUUUGGCUGAAUUAUGGCCCCUUUUGACUUAGAAAUCAUGGUUAAGUUUUUCGUACCAGUUCAUAUUUAGACAGUCUUUUGAGAUAAAGCUUUGAAACUUUCAACACUUGUUUACCAUCACCAUAUCCAGUUAUAGGCAAGAGCACAUAACUCCAUCAAGGAUUUUGGCUGAAUUAUGGCCCUUUUUGACUUAGAAAUCUGGGUUAAUGUUUCGUACCAGUUCAUAUUUUGACAGUCUUUUGAGAUAAAGCUUUGAAACUUUCAACACUUGUUUACCAUCACCAUAUCCAGUUAUAGGCAAGAGCACAUAACUCCAUCAAGGAUUUUGGCUGAAUUAUGGCCCUUUUUGACUUAGAAAUCUGGGUUAAUGUUUCGUACCAGUUCAUAUUUUGACAAAGUCUUUUGAGAUAAAGCUUUGAAACUUUCAACACCUGUUUACCAUCACCAUGUUCAGUUAUAGGCAAGAGCACAUAACUUCAUCAAGGAUUUUGGCUGAAUUAUGGCCCCUUUUGACUUAGAAAUCUUGGUUAAGUUUUUCGUACCAGUUCAUAUUUUUUGUAAAGUGUUUGACAUAUGGCUUUGAAACUUUUAUUACUUGUUUAGUAUAAUAGUCUCUAUCUGUAGGAAAGAGAACACAACUCUGUCAUCUAUUUUGGCUGAAUUAUGGCCCUUUUUGGACUUUGAAAUUGGCUCUGUUUUCAUACAAGUCCAUAUUUUGUCAAAACUAUUUGACAUAUGGCUUUUAAACUUUGAACACUUGUUUAUCAUUAUGAUUUCCAUCUGUAGGCAAGAGUACAUAACUAUUUUGAAUCUGAAUUAUGGCCCUUUUUGGACUUUGAAAUUGGCUCAUAUAUUGCCAUUUAGUGCACUUAUCGAAAUCAAAGUAAUACAGGACAGCUCUUGUUUUAGGAUGCUCCUAUAUACUAACAAUUUAGCAUAAAAUGUGUAUCUUAAAAAGUGAUCAUGUUUUAUUGGUCACCAUUCAAAAUUUGUCUGUAUCAAGUUGAGAAAGUAACUGUUUGCUUUUCAAGAAAAGUUUUUAAGUUUGUCAUUCUGUCAUCGAUAUAUUGCCACCUGUUUCAACGAAAUAGAUUUAAUUGGCAUACAGAAGGCCAGGGGUUUUAAUUUUAUCCAGGUACCUGCCCAUGCUUACAAGAAUGCCAAAAAUGUAAUAAUCAUUCAUACAUUGUUUAGCUCACAUGAUUCAGACCCAAAUUCUGUUACAAAGCCCUCCAUCUGAGAAGAGGGGAUAACUUGUCUUGUUCAUCUCUUGGUGGUUCUCCCUGUAGACUGUUUGGCUUCUUAUCAAAGCUUUUAUCUACAUCUGUCCAAUUGCAUCAGGUGAUUGUCUGUGGUCUGGGAAUGGAGCCUAUUUUUGUCGAUCCGGCUUGCGGAUGCGAAGACAUAGUUGUCCAAAUGGCGGUUCGGUGUAUGUGCGUGUGUCCAUCUGUCUGGAUUUAGUUGUACAGACUAUAACUUUGACAUGCAUGGAGCAAUCUUGUUUAUAUUUGGCAUGAAUUUUAACCUCAGUGAGGUGGAGUGUCAUAUGCAAACCCCAGGUUCCUAACUCAAAGGUCAAGGUCACAGGUGGAGCUCAAAGGUCAUUUCAGAUCUUUUCCGGCCCAUAACUUUGACAUGCAUUUAGAACUCUUGUUUGUAUUUGGCCUGAAUGUUAACCCCAGUGAGACAGAGUGUCCUGCGCAAACCCCAGGUUCCUAUCUCAAAGGUCAGGGCCACAGCUGGAGGUCAAAGGUCAUGUCAGUUCUUGUCCGGCCCAUAACUUUGUCAUGCAUUGAGGAAUCUUGUUUAUAUUUGGCAUGAAUGUUUAACGCAAUGAGACAGAUCUCAAAGGUCAAAGUCACAGGGGUCAAAGGGUAGGCUAGACAUGUUGCCCAUGGGCAUCUAGUUGAUCCCUAUUGUUUCUUGGAUCAGUUUGGUCAAAGAUGAAGGCCACAGCAUACUUAAGACUGAAAAUUACAUAACCAGUCAACAUGGGGAGCAUUUGUAUUUUACAAACAGCUCCUGUUUUGUGUAGAUUUUUUUUUAAGACUGGGGAAAUUAUAUUGUUCAAGUAUCCCAUACCUAUAUGUAAGCACCCCAUGAUUACUGACGAACCCGGUUGGCAGGUCUAUAAGACUUGUGGUACGUUUGAAGAGACUUAAUAAUAUUAAAAAGAUUUUGUGUAAUUAACUAUAAAAGUAUCAGGGGUUGAAUUGGAUUAUAAAAAUGUCAUGGGUUGAAUAACCUAGAAUUUGCCAACUUGAAUAUAUAUUUAUUAAAGAUAUUAAAGAUAUCAAAGGUUAAAUUGGAUUAUAAAAGUGUCUUGGGUUUAAUAACCUUGAAAGGAAUUAUUUUGUACCAGUUUGGGUUUAUAUUCAAUGGUCAGUGGUGUUCAGUUAAUUUUAUCUGUGUUUAAUGAAAUUCAUUCAUUAAAUUUAGUCCUGCAUUUGUGUGAAUAAAGUGAUAUGCUGUAACUGUACUAUCACAUUCAUUUAUUAAUGCUGACAGACAGUGUUCAUUAGAAAAAUACAUUGUCUUUCUCAGUGGGAAACUUUGACAUUAUCACAUUAAAAAUUCAUGUUUAACAAGGAGGUAAAUAACAUAUGUAGCGCCUUUCAUCACAGUUCAUUGUUCUAGGAUUUUUAUCACCUAUCGCUAUAUUAUAAGACCGAAUUUGUGCUUUAUAUGAUGUAGGACUGAAAGAGAGAAAUGAUUGGAAAGAAUAGACUGGUUUUGAUAAAACUGAAAUAUACAUAGAAUUGUUAGCCAGCCUAGAUCCAUAUUCAUCACCGAUUGAUUUAAGUCAGAAACCCAGACUUGAAAACAGCAGAUGUUCCACUUAUCUUAUCUUGGCUUUUUACAUAUUCAUACUGAUCAAAAUUAAUUUUGUUGAAUUUUCUGAAGAAUGCAUAUUAAUGCAACGUUUCAUUCCAGUCUAUGCUAAUUUAACAGUGAAAGAGAAAAAAAGGAAAUUCUGCACUUAAAAAGUUUCUGACUUUUAAAUGUUGAUGGAUUUGGUUUGCUACAGUUUCACUUUCUAAGCAUUCUACAGUUAAAUCAAAUACACUGUAUAAUACACAUUUUCAGUCAUUAGACAUACCCAAGAAAUCAUAAAAGAAUUUUAUAUCUUUUACCUGCAUGUUUCCCCUGUAUUCAUAAUGCUUAGGUAGGCUAAAUUAAAACUUGGCAAUUUGUGAACUCUUUUUUUUCUCUUCUUCACAGUGUGUUACAAUGCUGUUAGCUAACAUUGUAUUAGUGUAAAGACCAUAAAGUUAACAUUACUGUCUAUUAAGUUUCCUAAUUUAAACAAAUAGAUGAGUAUUUAAUAAGUUUACUUGUGAUAUCAGGAAUAAAAGUCAAGUCAGGUAUGAUAAUCUAAUUGUGGGUACUUUAAAACUGACAGCUAAUUCCAAAACUACUGUAAUUUCAGAUUUUCUCUAACUACAAUUCUUCUGAUUUAAGUUUAGACUGUUUCCGAUACAAACUUUCAGUUUACUUACAAGAGCACUUAUGAUUCAUUUUUAAACUCCUAAACAUGAGUUUGCAGAUACCUGUCUUUGUUUUUCUGAGUAAACCAAACAUUAAAUUUUUGGUCAGGCCUCAAGAUUUUCAAACUUUUCAAAAUUUAGCUUUUAGUUGGAAGUAGUUAUAAUUUGAUACAAAUGCAAUGUGAUUCAUUGAUUUCUAGAUUCAAAGGAAUACCUAUAUAGUUUAAAGCUGUAUACUGCAGUAGUUAUUCAGUAAAUAUUUGAAAUAUAUAGAAGUAGUUUACCUAUACAUGAUUUCUUACUCUUAAAAAAUGAUAACGAUUUAUGAGGUUUGAUAUUUUGCUCUAAGUCAGGAAGCAUGUUAUUUUUAUAUGAUUUUUUUUGUAGACAAAAAUACUGAUCUUGUGUAAUGAUAAGUGUAUCUGAUUUAGACAGAUAGCAUCAUGUGUAUCUCUGUUCAGGUUCUAGGGAAAUAAAAUUUGUUGACUUACAAGAAAAAAAGAAGUUAUUAGGAUGCUAAUAGUGUAAUUGUUUUAUGUGGUAAUGUUUUAGAAAAAUUUUAAGACAAAGAUCAAAUCUUUUAGAAUUGUUAAGCAGUUAAAUUUUCUGUAAAUGUACCACUGGUGUAUUGCGUUUACACGGCACCAGCUGUUAGUGUAUUGCUUUUGCACUACACCAUGGUCUAAUGUUUUUCUUUUACAAUGCACAGCUGGCUAGUGUAUUGCUCGACCUUUACACUGCUAUGCAGGUUAGUGUAUGGCCUUACACUGCACCACCAGUUAAUGUAUUGCUUUUACACUGCUCCACCGGUUAGUGUAUUGCUUUUACACUGCCCCACCGGUUUGUGUAUUGCUUUUACACUGCACUACAGUCUAGUGUUUUACUUUUAUACUGUACCACUGGUAAAUGUAUUGGUUUCACACUGUCACACCAGUCAGUUUAUUGUUUUUACACCAUACCACCAGCUAGUGUGUUGUAUGCACUGUACCAGACGGCACCCGCCUCUGAUACAGUGGUAAACCUGUCUCAGAAAAUUGGAUGAUAUCUGUAUUUGUUUGUUGAAUGAUAAUUGUAUGGUGCUAGACUUUGUUAUGAAGGUUUUUGUCAGUUUGUGCUGAAGACUGUGCUUUUUUCUGAGUGCUGUAAGAGUUUAUAGUCGAUCAUUUAGUGCUGAGUUUCAUCUUUUUUCAUCAUUGACUUCAUUUUAUCAAUAUUCUUCAUAAGAAUUCAAAAUUCAUCGAUAAAAUUCUUAGGUUUUCUGUUGAAUUUGUUUCGCAGAUUAAGCAGAAAUUGUGCUGAAACUUGACUACAAAAUAAUAAAGAUAAAUAUGAAAACUCUUUAUCAACAGUGAUUCUUUAUAAAGCAUGGAGAUGCUAAAAUAUAUUGGUUUCAUGUUUUAACAUUGAAUCAUUAUGGUGUUCCAUUAAGGGCCAUCAUUGUUUUACCCCUUUGCACUGAGAUUGGAAAGGAUGACUUCCACAUUGUAUUAUCAUCGCAUUAUUGUCUUUUUGGCCUAAGGUUGAAUUUAUAAAAGUACAAUUAUAAUGUGAUGUUAAUAUCACACUUCUGCACCAUAUUUUGCCACUGUGUUAAUGUGCCAUAGCCCUGUUGAACUGAGGUUGAUAUUAAGAAGGUACAAUAGUUCAAUGUUAGUAUCAAACCUUCCCCAUCAAGUCAAGGGGGCAAUAUUGCUGUAACACAGUGCAAAAAUGUUGAAACACAAUACAAAAAGUGUGAUAUUGAUAUCAUCUGUCUUCACAUCAUGUUUUCAUGUUUUUCAUUGUAAUACUGUGCCAUCAAUCACAUCAUGCAUUUGUUUAUGCCUUUUUCUCAUACCAAUAUAUAGUGUGAAGGGUCAAAACUACAAUUACCCUCACAAAACAUUGUAGUAUUGAUAAGUAGUAUUUAUUACAAAGUUAAGCAGAAAUGUUCCAUCUAUAAUGUAAUGCAUUUUCUUUCUUUAAAUGUUUGUAUCUAACUACUGAGCUACUAUUUAUGUAAAUUUUAGAAUUGUUAUUAAUGUCUUCUCUUAGAAAUUCUGCAAAUCAGAUCAUUAUUUGAAUAAUAUAAACAUUUUCAAGUUAAAUUACAGCUCAGCAGGGCAUUUUAGUGAUUUAAAGGCUUGUUUCAAUAUUAACAUCGAGGUAAUUUACAGUGGUACUUCAGAAUCAUUAAUGUGCCUUUUGAUUUAUAUAUCCCAUAUACAUUUAGCCAUAGAUAAGGCCGUACAAAUGUUUUUCUUAGAAUUCAUGUAUAUGUCAUUUCAGUCAAAUAAAUUUGAAAAAGUCAUUAUACUUACGUACUAAUGUUUUAGUAUGAUGCACAUCCUGAUUUAAGGAGCAUAUACAAACAGACCUUAAAUAUGCCAGUUUGUUGGGUGGUUUGUAGAAUGAUAAUUAUUUUGAUUUUGGAAAUUUGUGGGGCCCAGACUUCAUUGUUUAUAGACUGGUAUUUUUGGUCUCAUUUAAAUUACCCUGUCACUUCUUGGGGUCAGUGAAUUUAAUCUUUCACAUUUAGGGUAAGUAAAAUUACCGUCACUUUAAGGGUUAGUGAAAUUUACUUGUCCCUUUUAGGGUUAGUGAAAUUUUCCUGUUACUUCAUGGUCAGAGAAAUUAUCCUGUCACUUUUAGGGUUGGUGAAAUUACACUGUCACUUUAAGUGUCGGUGAAAUUAGCCUGUCACUUUAAAGGUCAGUGAAAUUACCAUGUUACUUUAAGGGUCAGUGAAAUAACCUUGUCGUUUUUAAGUCAUUGAAAUUACCCUUUUACUGUAAGGGUCAGUGAAAUUACCCUGUCACUUUAAAGGUCAGUGAAAUUACCCUGUCACUUCAAGGGUCAGUGAAAUUACCCUGUCACUUUUAGAGUCAGUGAAAUUACUGUUUCAGUUUAGGGGUCAGUGAAAUUACCCUGUCACUUUUAACAUCAGGGAAAUAACCCUGUCACUUUUAGCAUCAGUGAAAUUACCCCGUCACACUUAGUGUCAGUGAAAGUACCUUGUCAUUUCAGAACCAUUGAAAUUAUCCUGUCACUUUUAGGGCUGAUGAAAUAAUCUUUUUACUUUUAGGGUCAGCAAAAUUAUCCUGUCACUUUUAGGGCCAGUAUAAAUUUACCCUGUCACUUUCAGGGUCAGAGGUUUAAUGGUCAGAUCCUCAGCCAGAAAAUGGUUUCCAAUCAGUAACUGUUGACAGUUUAUUGUUUUCAUAGAUAUAUGCCUAUAAUCUUAGCAAAGCAUUACAAAGAACUAUGUCUGGUGGUUGAUGGAGAAGGAAACGUAAUGUUUUCCCAGCAUGUUCUCUUUAAAAGAUAAGUUCUGUUUAAAGAUAGGUUUGAAAUGACUAACACCUCAAUGUUAAUGUCAUUAGAUGAAAUAACAAUGAUAUCUUUAUCAUGUUUGAUUUAGCUCAUUACAAAGCAAAGUAUUUAGAGAUGUCAUCCAUCUGUGGGGAUCUGCUUUUAUAUUAAAAUGAAAGCAAAGCAAUUAUUGAUAAAUAUUUAAUGAAUGAAUUCUGUCAGAUGCAUUGUAUUUUUAUAAAACUGAAACAGAUAUAUGAGAAGCAGAUGCUUCAUAUAUUUAUGACAAUCAUUUUCACUUUAUAUAAAAUCUUUGAAUGUGAUGAAUCUAGAUUUGUAGAAACAUAGGUUUUGUAGUUUACAUCUUGUAUUGAUCAGAUACCAUUUUUGGCUUCCAGCUUUUUGCUUCCAUGCGUAGUAAAUUUCAUUGUCAUUUUUAUGAGUUAUUGUAAGAAUAAUGUAAUAUACCACAUUUUAACACUAGGGUAUAAAAACGAAAUAAAGAUAUUGUUUGUUCCGUUCUAUGAACAUUAUUACUUAAUUGUGUUACUCAAGGAUUGGAUAUUGGUUCUUGUGCAGUUAAAAUGUAUUUUCCCUGGCAAAUCCAUAAAUCAUGGCUUGCAUUUCUUAGAUGAUUUGCCAGAAAUGCCUAAGUACUUUGUACCUGUUUAAACAAACAGUAAAUAACAUUCAGCCCUUAUAUUUACUUUUUGCAGUAGCUUACUACAAAAUUCCUUUCAAUAAAUUUAAGAAAACCAUUUAAUGUAUUUUUCACUAUGGAUCUUUACAAUAAAUAGACAUAACAACCAUGUAAAUACCUUCAUUUUUAGUUUCAGUUUAAAUGCCCUUUGAUAAAAACAUGGUUCCUGAUUUAAUUUAAAGAUGGCCUUAAAUUCAAGGAAACAUUCUGUAGUAGUGACCUUCACCCUCAGGAAAAGAGUUUUAGCUGUCAUUGAAAGUCAUUUUAUAAAACAAAAUGAUUGCCAAUUUUUAAGGAUUGUUUUUGGAACAAGGCCAUUUUGUUUAGUUUUUGUGAACGAUAUCAGAUAUCGCACAUUUAGUCUCACGGAAAAGGUCAUGCACCCUUGAUAUUUAAGAACCAACUGUUUAUAGGAAAAUACAUUUUAUUUACUGAGAGACACAGUUACUGGAAUAUAAUUUAGAACAUUUAAUUGAUAGCACAAAAUAUUAGUAUGUUCAUAGUAGUGAUAGUGGAAGUAAUUCAGUUUAUGUGUCUGUACUUGAUUGAGUUUAAUUGUUUCACAUAUGUGAUACAUAUCUAUAUAUUUUAGGUAAUGCAUGGGGAAGAUUGAAUGUUGUUUUUCUGCAAUAUUCAUAUGUACUUGUCAAGGGAUAGAUAUCCUACAUUUAGUCAUUACAUGUGCUGCAAUAUUUUGCUAAAAUAAACAUGGAUAUUAUCGAUA